AUGCCCCGGGAUGAGUUCUUAUCUCUUUCUCAAUGUCCAUCACAUAGUGUUCUGGGAGAUCCUGCCUUCCGUGACUACUCCAGCUGCUCUUACUCACCUGAUGUUGUUUCAAAUGUAUAUCCAGUAGCUGGCUCACAAUACCAUUCUGACAACUCAACACACUAUAAUGGUUCAGGAAUAGUCAGUGAAUCUGCUGAGCAAACGCAUCCAAUCAGACACGAAAGUAAGAAUAUUUCAAAGGUAGAUACUUCUGUGGAAAGCAAAACUUCGUCAAAAACUUUAGAUGAAGCAGUAGCCGGCUUGAUUCCCUCUUCAUUUGAUGGUAGAGAGAAACCUCAAAAUGAAUCUACUACAGUACAGGAACCACCAAGGAUUGAGGAUGCUGAGGAGUUUCCUGAUCUGGCAUCUGCUUCUGAUAGGAGAAACAGACUAGGAUCUCAAAAAUCGUCAUUUACUGCUGCUGUCAGAAAGCAGUCUGAAAUCUGUCUCCCUGAAGAGCCUUGGGAUAGUCGAUCUCCCACAGUGGAUGGAACUCCCAAGGUGGAUGGACUGUCAGGGAAGCAAGCUUCAUCAUCUGUAUUAGAAAGAAAGAAAAUGCAGGAAAUAUCCAGGAGCAGUAGUAAGAAGAGUCAAAUUCCUGUGCAGUUGGAUUUGGGUGGCAUGCUGGCAGUCUUGGAGCAGAAGCAGCAAACAGAGAAGUCCAAACAGUCUUCUAAACCUGUGGUGUUUUCAGUUGGUGGUGCCAUACCAUUGCUUUCUAAAGAACCUGCUACAGCCACAAAAAGUCACCGGUUAAACCAAGGAAAGAUGCCUCAUAACCCUUUGGAUUCCAGCGCUCCUUUGGUGAAGAAAGGGAAACAGAGAGAAGUCCCUAAAGCAAAGAGACCAACACCUCUUAAAAAGAUUAUUUUGAAAGAAAGAGAACAACGAAAACAGCAACAUCUGUUAGAACAGAGAGCAGUACCAAAAGAUGAAGAUAAUAUUUGUCUGUCUGCAGAAAAUAUUACUGAAGAUGAAACGCUUCCACAGGAUAGUCAAGCAGCUGUUCCUGUAAUGCAAGUCACUGAAGGGUUUCUGGAGAGCACAGGGAUCAAGGAAUCUACGGAAGGUUCUAUGACUUCAAAGCAGCUAACCUCCAAUCUUCCAAAAAUCCAUAGUAGGAAUUUUAGAGAUUAUUGCAGCCAGGUACUUAGCAAAGAAGUUGACAGUUGUGUGACAGAUCUCUUAAAAGAACUGGUUCGUUUCCAAGAUCGCUUGUAUCAGAAAGACCCAGUAAAGGCCAAGAUAAAACGCAGGCUUGUUAUGGGUCUUAGAGAAGUUUUGAAACAUCUGAAGCUGAAAAAACUGAAGUGUGUCAUCAUCUCUCCUAACUGUGAAAAGAUUCAGUCAAAGGGUGGGUUGGAUGAGACUCUACACAACAUUAUCGACUGUGCCUGUGAACAGAAUAUCCCGUUUGUUUUUGCCCUUAAUCGCAAGGCCCUAGGCCGCUGUGUGAACAAAGCAGUGCCUGUGAGUGUGGUGGGAAUUUUUAGCUAUGAUGGGGCUCAGGACCAUUUUCAUAGAAUGGUACAACUGACAACAGAGGCCAGGAAGGCCUACAAAGAUAUGAUAGCAGCUUUAGAGGAAGAAGCUGAAGGAGGACUAAAAGAAACCCAAGCCAGCAUCUCAACCACUGAAUAUGAAAAGAAUGGCUUAUCAGAAACUGGUAAAACAUCUCCCAAGAGCUCUGAUGAGGAUGUACCGAAUUAUAUUAAAAUCUGGAAGAGAAAACUUGAAGAGGAAUAUAACCCAUAUGCACUGGAACUGGAAAAGAGGGCCGCUGCUGACAUGGCAAUAGUGAAUUUGGAAGACCGUCAGUUUCUUCAGAUGAAUUUCUGGGUACCAAAAACCUGGGAUAAAAAGGAGCUAGCACUGGUAAUUCAGGUUCAAGCCAAAGUUGUAAAUGAGUUCCUAUGCAUAAAGGAAUUCUAUCUGGAUUCUCACAGGGGGGACCUUACCCCUCGAACAUGA